AAUUUUUUUACCUUUUAAUUUUAAAUUUCUGUAUUUUAAAUUUUCAACAAUUUUGUACCUUGUGUUUGCACUCCCUACUGGAGAGUAACAACUUACGGCUGCUUUGUGAAGACUUACCUGUAAGGAACAGGCUGGAAGCCCGGGGCACAAGACAGGAGGCUGUUGAGGCAGCCCAGGAGAGAAGAUGAAUGUGAGCUGGGGUAAUGUGGGGCAAGUGUGGACAGGAAGUUGGCUUCAGGAUAUAUUUUGAAGGCCAAGAACUUGCCAAAGGAUUGGCUGUGCUGUGCAGAAUGUAGAAAAAUAAACAAUGAACACCAGGUGUUCGGCCAGAGAAAACAAAAAAGAUGGCGCCAUUUACAGAGAUAGGAAGACUUGAGAAGGAUGAGGGGAGCGGGGUGGCCUGGAUACGCAUCAAGAGGGCACUGAGUUUCGGUAGCAAGAGAGUAUUCCAAAGAAGAGCAAGGGAUCGUCAUCAGAUGCUGUGGAUAGGAGGCGAAGGCUGGGAACUGGCUUAGCCAGGUGGAGCACUAGUCACCUUGACAAAAACGGUUUCAAUGGACAGCUGGGCAAAUGUCUGAUUGAAUAUAUUAACUGUUCAUCAUUUUAUCCCAAGUUUUUCUAUCAAUGUUUUAGAGUUUUUUUCUUUUUGAGGUUAAAGAAUCCAACAUAUGUGUGUCAUAUUUAUCACAAAUUGUUCUCGCUAGUUUACCAUUUAUUUUGUCAUUUUUAUUCUUGAGGGUUUGCAACACAUCUAAAUGUUUACAAGCACUACUGCUUUUAGAAAGUCUUUGACCUGUGAUGCAGCAAAUAUGCAUCUAUAUUUUUCUUCUCUUUUUCUCUUUUACGUUUUCAUAUUUUAUGUUUAGUUUUAAUCCAUGUGAAAUUUAUUUGGGGCUAAAGUGCAAGGUAUCCAUCUAACUUCAUUUUUGUCCAGAGUUAACAAAUUGUCAUUUAUUGAGCGGUCAUUUCUUUCCCUACUAAAUGAGAACAUAUGUUAUGGGUUGAAAUGUGACUCCCAGAAAGACAUUGAGGUCCUCACCCCUCGUACCUCAGAACGAUCUGAUUUGGAAGUAGGAUCACUGCUGAUGGAAUUAGUUAGGAUGAGGCUAUCCGGAGUAGGGUGGGCACACACAGGGCGGAGAUGGCUAGGUGCGGCAGACGGCAGAGAUUGGAAUCACGCUGCCACGGGCCUAGAACAUCAAGGAUUGCUGGCGCCAGGAGAAGCUCAGAGGAGGCAGGAAGGAUUCUUCCCUAGAAUCUUCACAGGGAGUCGGCCCUGCUUGCUUCUGGAUUUCAGACUUCAAGCCUCCAGAAUGGUGAGCUACUUUUCUUGGAAGCAGUAUGGCCAAGGGGAGGAAGAAUGUCUCUCAGAUUUCAGCGUUAAGGAGAAAGAGUUCAGAUCCCCAGGCCUGGAUGAGCACUUGUGAAUUUCACAGGAGUCCAACCCAGGAGGAGGCCUCAGCUCAGCCUCCAGGGCCCCUUAGUGAGAAAGAAUCUUCACGCCAGCAGGAGACCUCAGCUUAUUUUCCAGGACAGGUAGAACCACCUGAAACCCGCAGGAGUAAUCCAGCUCAGUCUCCAGAGCCUUUUCCUGGGGAGACAGAACCUUUUCCAACACAGCAGGAACACCCAGCUCAACCUCGAGUUUCACCUCCAGGUCACCGUCCUGCUCAGCUCAGACUGCCCAGUGUCACCGUCAAACCUACGGAUGUGCAGAUGACCAUAACAGAGUCGAUGGCAGACGUGUACCCUUCUCCAACUCAGCAUGUGUCUACAGCUCAGCUCUCCGUGCCCCUUAGUAAGGUGGGACCUCCUACAACCCAGCGUGAGGCCCCAGCUCUGCUUCUGCAACUCCCACAGAAGGUUGGACCUUUGUCAGAUCAACAGAAGGUCCAGCUCCAUCUCCAGAACCUACUGCACAUGAGACACCAACACAACAGUAUGCCCCAGCCCCAGUCAGAGACCCCUGAGGAGGGUGAACCAUCUCCAUCCCAGGAGGAGGCCCUGGAUCAGCAUUCACAGACCCCUGAAGAGGUUGAACCUUCUCCAAAACAGGAGGCCCCAGCUCAGUCUCCAGAGCCCUUUCAUGAUACUGCGGCUCACUCUGCAGAGCAUCACAUGAUGACAAUUUCUCCUCCUGAUCGGGCCCUAGACAAGCCAUUACAAUCCCUUGAGGAAACUGUAUCAUCUGGAACUGAGCAGGAGAUCUCAGCCUAUCCUGCAAAGCCUGCUGGAGAGGUCAAAACAUCUCCAGUCCCCCAGGAGGAGUCAGCUGCAUCUCCUGAGCCCCUGAAGGAGGCGACACCGCCCACACAGAGGAGUCUCCAGCUCUAUGAUAAGGUGACAGUUCCAUCUCUAUCACAGAAUCAAGCUCAGCAUCCAGACCUGCCCAAUGUCACUGUUAAGCCUGUUAACCUGGAGCUCACCAUAACUCCGGAACCUCCAACUCUAGAUCAGCAUCGUGCUCAGUAUCCAGCAUCGUUCAACAUCACAGUUCAACCUUUGGACCUGGGGCUUGCUGUAACUCCAGAACCUGCCGAGGAGGUCGGCCAUUCCACAGUCCUACAGCCAGACUACCCUGAGGGCGCACUUCCACAUGCAGAUCAGUCUCCAAGUCAGCAUCCAAACCUGACUGAAGUUACAGUUCAUCCUGCAGACGUGGAACUUCCUGUACCUGCAGGAUCUGGUGCGGAGGCUGAACCUUCUCCAGCCAUGCAGGAGACCCCACGUCAGCCUCCAGAGCCAGCUGAGGAGGUUGUUGCUCAAUAUCCAUUCCAUCAGGAGGGGACAGUUUCACCUGCAAGCGAGGAUAAAGGUCAACAACCACUGCCACCCAGUAUCCCAGUUUCCCCAGCUCUGUGGACCUGGAGCUUACCAAGACCACAGAACUCCCUGCAGAGGUCGAACACCCUACAGCCCCGAAGAACGCCACAGCUCCAUCUCCGGGGCUCCCUGAGGGCACAUUUCCAGAUCCCGAGGAUGUUCCCAGUCAUCAGCAACCAGAGCCAUCUGAGACAGUUCUUUUUUGUGGUGCUCACCAGCACAAACACCAACAUAUGUGAGCUCUGUACCUGCACAUGUGAAACGCUGGCGUGUAUUGGUCUCAGCCCAAAGCUGAAGCUCUGCUGAGUGCCGGUGCCAGAACCCAACGCUCACAAUGGCACCUUCACCAUCUUGUAAGAAUCGCCUUGCUUCAUUUGUUCUCUGCAUCCUACCUGGCCUGGCAGCAUUCAUUCUCCUACUGCAAAGUACAGGAGGGGCGGGAGAGCCAGUGUACAGGAAGCCAGGCUGACGGGACGUAUCUAGUCUAAUAAGAGUUCCUAGGGCUGAUUUGGGGAAGUUUGUCAACCUUGAAAUAACCUGUUUUUCUCAUCACUAGCUCACAAGUUCUAUUACCUGAAGAAAAGGGUAGAAAAAAGGAGGUAAUAAAUUAAUCAGCAAUGGAAAAGGGCUCUAUUAAGUGUAUUUUACAGUGCAAACUGUUACUUACUGUACCUCUCCUAAGCCACUGCAAACAGAACUGUUGUUACUGUAAAGGAAAGAACCCAAGUGUUCUGGUUAAUAGACAAUGAGAAAUCAUGUAAAGCCUUAUAGAAAUAUAAGCCAAAUGGAAUGUACAGAAUAUUACUUCAUGGUCUGAAGCAGAGGGUAGAACCACCUGUACAUUAUAAACCGUAGUUUAUGAGGAGGAGGAUUUGCAAGCCAGCCAGUGACCAAGUGGAGCUUGGUCAUGCAAGGGGCUGUCAUGUGUGCUCGGAGGUCAUCCAAGCAGUGGGCCCAUGCCUGAGAGCCCUACAGUGGUUUCUGUAGUGUAGCAGGGCACAUAUAACUGGAUAAUACCUAGAAUAAGAUCUGGAAAGAUCCAUGCCAAACUGUGACUAGGGUUACCUUCCGGGCCUGGGUGCAAUGAGAAUAAGAAAAGAAAAGGGCGAUUAAUGGGAAUAUCAACCCAGAUAUUUUAUUUAUUUAUUUUGCAAAGAGAAUGUAUUUAUCACGUGUGUAAUUUUAAAAAUACAUUACAAAAACCCAGUAGAAGCAGCACGGGCACAGCUUGCAUAACUGAGUUCAGAAUUCAGCUCUAUCUGUAUCUUACUAGUGUCUAGCUUUGGGCCGAACACUAAAAUGCUUGAGUCUCAGUUUCCUUGUUUGUAAAGGGGAGGCAUUACUACCUAACUCGCAGGGCUAUUGAGGCUGGUUGAGAGUGGAAUAGGAAAUACUGGAAAUUCAGUUGAUCCUGAGUAAAUAAUUAAGAAAAAAGUAUUGUCCAGACCAGAGAUAAUUCAGGCUUAUAAGGAUGGUGGCAAAGAAAACAAAAAAGAAGAGUAAGAUGGGAGAGACAUUUCAGAGACAAGACAGGAAAUAAGAUGAUUUGCCAACAAAACCGAGGCUUCCUAAAGCCUCCCUGCCUUCACCCCUCCCCAUCCCUGGCAAACAGUGGGGUCCCUUGCGUUACGGGCUCAGAUGUUGCCAAGCAGUUUGAUUAAGAGCAAUGGGCUUCUGCAGUGUUCCGCCCAUAUUUCAGUAGAUCUUAACAAAGCAAACAAUUUUUAAAUUAAUUAUUUUGAUCAUAUUUAUUUUGGCUAAAUAUUUAAUUCAGACACAUGAAAUACAGUUGUAUCAUUUCAUGCUGUAUGCACAUUUUGCAAUACAUUGUGGUUUCUUAUUUAAGCAACCUUAAAUAAAUCUUGGGAUUUUUCUAAGGGAGAGGAUAUAGUGUCAGAAAGGGAACAUGGAUCUGGGAAUCCAGGAAACAGGUUGCAGCUUUAGCUUUUCUGAGUGAAGUGGGGGAUGCCAGGCAAGCCCUUUCCUCUCAUAGCUUGGUUUCUCACUUGUGAAAUACAGAAAAGAGUAUCAAAGUCUUUGCCAUCUCUAAGAUUCUAUGUCAUGGAAUAUACUUCUGCUGUAUUAUAGACUCUAUCUAGAGAUUUAUGGGGUUUUAUUUAUAUUGGUGUUUUCACUAAAUAUUUUGAGUCCUGUUUAUAAUUUGUUAUGAUAUUUUGAACAGAAACAAGUUCUCAAUUAUAAUGCUAUGUGAUAGGAAAAUAUAAUCCGUUUAGCCAUAAACCAUGGUACACACGUGCACAUUUUUAAAUGAUCACACUCAAUCUUUUGGAUGGAUAGAUGGAUGGAUGACAGAGAACUGAGCAAAUAAAUGUUCUUGCUGUCUGAUAUUAGGUAUAAUUCAUACAAUUCACAGGUGACAGUGAGAAAUUAGGUGGCAGGUGUAUGUCUUUCAGCAAUUAAAGGCACUGGAUAUUGUCCCUAUUCUAAUAAUGGGCCCACAUUUAUAGUACACUGUAUUGUCAGCUUCCUAAAGGGCUUACUGUCAUUUUCAUUAGAUUCUCUGCUUUCUUUCUAUGAACACUUAACAGUAUGUCGCCCUUGCUGAGGAAAGCCAGUGACAGUGCUAAUGGCAAGGAAAUCUCUGGUGGUAGUUACAUUUCCCUGGUCCCUUUUCCCUUGAGGAUUCCAAGAUUUAUAGUUUGCUACUAAAGGUGUGUGUGUUUUCUUUUUAUGCAAUUUCUACUAUAAAAAUAAAUAAAUGCACAAGGGCAAAUACCACACACACUUUGAGCCAUUUACAAGGUUCACAUUAUUAAGAGCAGUGACAAAUUACCCAUGUUUGUAAAAUGAAAUUUUAA